AUGUCUCAGCAGGAGGCACAAGCGUCACCAGAUGUGAUUAUAGAUGUGAGACUCUCAGCUCUACGAAAUGAUCUGGCGAUCUCUGUACCUACAAGAGAUGUCUUUAUGGUACGUACAGUGUAUAGAGAUAGCUUGGUGUUAGUGGGGGAUGUAUUUCUGGAGGCAGAUUUGAUUCCUCUGGAUACGGUAGACUUGGAUGUUAUUCAGGGCAUGGAUUGGUUAGCCAAGCACCGUGUCUUAGUGGAUUGUUUUCGAAAGGAUGUCAUAUUCUGUAGUCCUGAACAACCUGAGGUGACCUUUUAUGGUGAGUGUAGAGUUCUUCCAUCUUGCCUCAUUUCAGCCAUGACGGCGAGAUAG